CAACCCUUCACCCCAGAUGUAAUACUCCAGUUUGAGAGGGGAGAAAAGCUUCGGAUGAUAAAGACAGCAGCCCAGGGCCCCUGUGCCUCAGGAGACAAGAAUCUAAAUGACUUGGAGACUCUUCAGGAAAUUGGAUUAAAGUACCUGCCACAUGAAGAGCUGUUCUGCUCGCAAAUCUGGCAACAGGUUACAAAGGAGUUAACCCAGUGCCAAGAUUCCAUGGUCAGUAUUCAAGGAACUGGCUCCCAGUUGGAAAAACGAGGUGAUGCACUCUAUAAAGAUGAGGAAUUUGGUAAAGGCUUUACUCAGAGUUCACAUCUUCAAGUUCACCACAGAGACCACACGGGAGGAAAACCCUACCAGGGGGAGGAACGUGAGAAAGGUUUCAUUCAGCGCUGUGAUCUUCAAACUAACCAGAGAGCCCAUGUAGGAGAGAAGCCCUAUAAAUGUGAAAAAUGUGAAAACACCUUCCGUCGACUGUCAAGCCUUCAAGCCCACCAGAGGGUCCAUAGCAGAGAGAAAUCAUACAAGUAUGAUACAUCGUGUAAGGCUUUCAGACAGAGGUCAUAUCUUCUCCAUCAUCAGAGAGUUCCCACUGGAGAGAAUCCGCACAAAUUCGAGGAAUGUGGGAGGAAUGUUGGGAAAAGCUCACAUCGUCAAGCUCCUCUGAUAAUCCACACAUUAGAGAAACCUUAUAAAUGUGAGGAGUGUGGGCUGAGCUUCAGUCAGAGCUCGUAUCUUCAAGUGCACCAGAGAGUCCACAUGGGAAAGAAGCCUUAUAGGUGUGAAGAGUGUGGGAAGGGCUUCAGUUGGCGUUCGCGACUACAGGCUCAUCAGCGAAUCCACACUGGAGAGAAACCAUACAAAUGUGAGGCAUGUGGCAAGGGCUUUAGUUACAGCUCGCACCUUAACAUUCAUUGUAGAAUCCAUACAGGAGAGAAACCCUAUAAAUGUGAAGAGUGUGGGAAAGGCUUCAGUGUAGGUUCACACCUUCAGGCCCAUCAGGUAAGCCACACUGGAGAGAAACCUUACAAAUGUGAGGAAUGUGGGAAGGGCUUCUGUCGGGCCUCAAAUCUUCUGGACCAUCAGAGAGGACACACUGGUGAGAAACCAUAUCAGUGUGAUGCAUGUGGAAAGGGCUUCAGUCGUAGCUCAGAUUUUAACAUUCAUUUUAGAGUCCAUACAGGAGAGAAACCCUAUAAAUGUGAGGAAUGUGGGAAAGGCUUCAGUCAGGCCUCAAAUCUUCUGGCCCAUCAAAGAGGCCACACUGGAGAAAAACCAUACAAAUGUGGUACAUGUGGGAAGGGCUUCAGCCGGAGUUCAGAUCUUAACGUUCAUUGUAGAAUCCACACUGGAGAGAAACCCUAUAAAUGCGAGAAGUGUGGUAAGGCCUUCAGCCAGUUCUCGAGUCUUCAGGUGCAUCAAAGAGUCCACACGGGAGAGAAACCAUAUCAGUGUGCAGAGUGUGGGAAGGGCUUCAGUGUGGGUUCACAGCUUCAAGCCCACCAGAGGUGCCAUACUGGGGAGAAACCAUACCAGUGUGAGGAGUGUGGGAAAGGAUUCUGUCGGGCAUCAAAUUUUCUGGCUCAUCGUGGAGUCCACACAGGAGAGAAGCCAUACCGGUGUGAUGUGUGUGGUAAACGCUUCAGACAGAGAUCCUAUCUUCAAGCCCACCAGAGGGUCCACACUGGAGAGAAACCAUACAAAUGUGAGGAGUGUGGUAAGGUCUUCAGUUGGAGCUCAUACCUUCAAGCCCAUCAGAGAGUUCACACUGGAGAAAAACCAUAUAAAUGUGAGGAGUGUGGGAAGGGCUUCAGUUGGAGCUCAAGUCUUAUAAUUCAUCAGCGAGUUCACACUGGAGAGAAACCCUAUAAUUGCAAGGAAUGUGGGAAGAGCUUCAGAUGGGUCUCACCUCUUUUGACACAUCAGCGAGUCCACAGUGGAGAAAAACCAUUCAAAUGUGAAGAGUGUGGGAAGGGAUUUGGUCAGAAAUCAUGCCUGCAAGCUCAUCAGAAAGUCCACACCAGAGAAAAACCAUACAAAUGUGAGGAGUGUGGGAAGGGCUACAAGACAAGCUUGGAUCUUGAUGUGCACCAGAGUGUCCAUAUGGGAGAGAACCCAUACACCUGUAGGGCAUGUGGUAAGCACUUCACUAGGACCUCAAAUCUUAAAGUUCAUCAGAGAGUCCACACUGGAGAGAAACCGUACAAAUGUAAUAUGUGUGGUAAGGUCUUCAGUCAGUCUGGACAUCUAAAAUCUCAUCAGAGAGUUCACACAGGGGAGAAACCUUAUAAGUGUAAGAUAUGUGGUAAGCAGUUCAGUUCAAGUUCAUAUGUUAAAAUUCAUCACAGAAUCCAUGCUGGUGAUAAAUUUCAUCCAGUCUCAUAGGAGGGAAACCAUUUGUUUCAGUAACAAUGUUUCUGCCAUAGCUGACUACAUCCCAGUGAUCCCAAGAUCACACAAAUGGUGCAAUGAGGACUUUAGUUAGAACCUUAGCAGUUAUAGUUUUCACUCAAGAAACAGGCUGUUGAAAUAAUCUUUCUUUAGGCACUUAUCAAACUCUAAUGGUGGAUAUUAAAAUCGAUGUCCCCUGAAAUAUAAGCUUUGUGAGGGCAGGGAGUUUAUUUUAUGCUGAAUUUAUACAAUCAAUAUUGAGUAGCACUCUGUAUGUGCACUUAGUACUUGCUAAGUGAGUCAAAAGGAAGAGAGAGAAUUAGGGAAGAUCGCAGAGUAGGGGGACCCUAAGCUUUCCUCCUCCCUUAGAUACAGCUAGACAACAAUCACAUCAGCAUAAGUAACCCAGAAAUCGGCCUGAAGACUGGCAUAACAAGCUCAUCAACUAAAGGUAGAGAAGAGGCAAUAUCAAAGAAGGUAGGAAGGGCAAAGAUGCAGUUUGAGAGUGAAACAGACUGUGGCCAUCUGUGGUGGGGACAGAGCUGGUGGUGUGGAGAAGGCAAAAAACAGAUUAUCACGGGGGGAGACCACAUGGGGAAGACAAAUCCCCAUAACAUUUGGCUUUGAAAGUGAGAGGGGCCAAAUUUCAUGAGUUCUUACAACCAGUGGGACUUAAAGCUUGGAUUUUCAAUGUCUGUGGGCUGGGCUCUGGGAGAGCAUGACAACCAACCAGUGGAGGUACAGCCAGGAAUCAGCAGUUUGAAAAAUGCCAGGGGCGGACGGGAGAGAGAAUGUCUUACUCAGAGCAUGGCCUGGAGAGGCAGGGACCCCUCCAGGAACAAAGGAGCUGGUAGGCACCAUUUCCCCCCACAGCCCCCCAGCAUAAACCCAUGGCCACCUGCCGGAACCAGUGCGGCGCCAACACUCCUUACCUAACUUGCUUACACGAAGCCCCGCACCCCUGUGGUCCAGGGAUCCGCCUUUCCCCAUCACACUUGCUUCAGCCUCGGCACUGCACGUCCCCUCCCCCGGGAGAUCAGAGCAAACCCCACGAACACCUCGUUUCCUGACCUGCGUGUUUCAUGGGAUAGCACAUCCAGAGGUGGCGGUGGCAGCAUGCAGACCAACACACAUUAGGAUGUGCCCCACUUAGCUGAGGACCAAACACUGCCCACAACAGGCAGAGAGCCUCCGCAGAUGACUAAAGGAAAAAGAGGCCAGGACGCCACAGCAGGCACAGGCAGCACGCUUAGGAGACACUCGCUGAAGCGACAGUUCCCGAGGAACAGGCGACAAUGCACUGCAGGGCAGUACAGACCCCUUUAUGAGGCCAUUACCUUCAAGAGCCAAGAGACCUAGCUGACUUUAAUAAUACACAGAGAUAGAGACAAAAUGGGUGGGGAGGGAGUAUUUCCAAAUGAAAGAACAGGACGAAACCACAGCAAGAGACCUAAGCAAAACAGAUGCAAGUAAUAUGCCAGAUAGAGAAUUUAAAGUAAUGGUCAUGAAGAUACUCACUGGACUUGAGAAGAGUGGAGGACAUCAGUGAGAACCUUAGCACAGAGAUUAAAGAGAACCAAUAGGAGAUGAAGAACACAAUAAAACACUUGAUGGAAUAAAUAAGCUAGAUGACAGAGGCAUGAAUUAAUGACCUGGAAGGCAGAGUAAUGGGAGAGUAAUCAACCUGAGCAAAUAAGAGGAAAAAAAUUAUGCAAAUUGAGGAUAGUCUUAGGGAACUCUGACUCCAUCAAGCAUAAUAACAUUUGUAUUAAAGGGAUCCCAGAAGAAGAAGAGAGACAAAAAAAUUUAUUGGAAGAAAUAAUUGCUGAAAACUUCCUUUUUGUGGGGAAGGAAACAUAGAUCCAGGAGGCACAGAGAGCACCCCAAAAAUCAGCCCAAGAAGGUCCAUACUGAGACAUAGUUCUUAAAAUGGGAGAAAGUUGUGAUAAAAUAUUUUAAUCAAAGAAAAUGUGCAAUAUUUAAAAAUUGUAUCUGGAAAAGGAAUCCAGCAAAAAAAAUUCAGAAACAUAACAAUACAAAAAAUUAAAUAAUUCAGAGAAACAAAUAGGAAUUGAAACACAGAAAUACCCAGUACUGCAUUCCACAGCAUUAUUUUGGUAGUAUCCUAUUGCAGUUGGCUCUUGGUAAACCCUCAGCCUCUAUUCUGUGGUUGGGUUAUUUUUUCGGUCUUGAUUUCAUGUUCCAUUGGUUUAUACAGUAGAAAAUCAACUCUAUUUUGUGAUUUUUCUCACAUUGCAGACAAUUUUAACUCUAUGAUAACGCCACUGCACAUAGCUUAAUUGAAUUUUCUCAACAACGUUAAGGCAAGGGUUCAAAGUAACAUUAGAAGUGUCAGAGUUAGUAAUGAUAAAAAUUUUCUUAAUUUUGAGUUCAUUGAUUUUUAAAUUUCUGCAUUUCUGUGUAAUCUUUUAUAUGAUUGCCUUCUAAUUGUAGCACUUUUUUUUUUAAAAUCAAAUUUCUCUGGUAGAAGCUAUGCCAAAUUUGAAGGACAUUUAGCUUGUCAGCUUCCCAUAUUCUUCCCUCAUCUCCAUGAAAUAAAUAAUAGAAAAAUUUGGAAUUUGGUGGUUUCAUCAGAUAUAUUACUGGUGCAGAAAUGACAGUUACAUGUUUUUCUUUCUUGGUGACAAUACAUAUCUUUUGAAAAGCAGUAUAUAAUGGAAUGUGUAACAUGCAACUGUGAUCUGGAAAUCAUACUACAGAAAUACAUGAUUAUGAGAUUCAAACAAUGAAAAGAUGAAAACCACAUCAUUAAUGUCACACAGUUUUUAAACUGGAAAUAACAAAUGUUCACCAAUAAGAAUUUGUUUAAAUUUCAUAUGAGCCCAUAAUAACAUGGGGCGUUUGAGGUAAUGUCAAGGACAUGUAAUAUCAGGAGAACAUAAUACAGGCUUUGUGAAAUCAGA